AUGUCCACUAAUGCUGUCGGUCCGAUGCUGGGGUUGUGGUUCGUCUACAAGACCGGGAAUUCAGCAUUGUCGGAUCCGCCCAUAUGGAUGUUGGCUUUCGGAGGACUCGGGAUGUCGCUUGGACUCGCCGUUUGGGGACGAAGGGUCAUUAAGACCGUCGGCCAAGGAAUCACUCUAAUAACUCCAUCCAGCGGGUUCACGAUGGAGAUGGGGGCAGGAUUAACGGUGCUGCUAGCGUCCAAGCUCGGUUUCCCCAUCAGCACCACGCAUUGCCUCGUUGGUGCUGUCGUAUGCGUCGGCAAAGUCAAGGAUCCCAAGCAGGGAGUGGAAUGGGGUCUCUUCCGGAACAUCCUGUUGACGUGGUUGGUCACGCUGCCGGCAUGCUCAGGCUUGAGCGCCUUGAUCAUGUACAUCCUCCUCAACGUCGUUCCCUGAAUUCACCUUGCUUGCAUCAUUCCAACUCAUCAGCCAUUUCAAUCUACACUUUGUCGUCGUGCAUUGUAAUUUUUUUCUUUUAAUGAAAGACUACACUCGUAGACGC